GACGUUUAGAUAGUACAGUAUAUUGUUGUCGCUUACCAGAUUGGGCUUGUUGUCUAUGUAAACAGAGGACUCGAUCAGAGAGCUAAGUCAAGGUCAAAGUAUUUGAUCGAUCGAUGAUGGCUACCGGAGGUGGCGCUUGUAGAGAAGUGGUGGAAACACAGCCGAUGAAGUCUGCAAAUUUUGAUAUGGCCGCGGCAACGAAACGGAGACCGGAGAAAAGCAGUGCUCUGGUGAAGUAUGCCGGCGGGAGAGGUAGUGAGAAGAUGGAUAGGCGUUUGAAUAACGACGUGCACCAGCUGCUGGAGUGCCCUGUCUGCAGAAAUUCUAUGCUUCCACCGAUUUUUCAGUGUCCAAAUGGGCACACACUAUGCGCAAGCUGCAAUGGAGCGCAGGAGAAUUGUCCGACUUGCGAAUCUGAGCUGGGAGACAUCAGGUGCUUAGUCCUGGAAAAAGUGGCGGAGUCGUUGGAUCUUCCCUGCAGAUACCAAAGCGCGGGGUGUCAUGAUAUAUUCCCGUAUUACAGGAAGCUGAAGCACGAAAAACAUUGUAGAUUCCGCCCCUACAAAUGCCCCUACGCGGGAUCAGAGUGUUGUGUCACAGGCGACAUCCCGGCCCUGGUAAACCAUCUCAGGGAGGAUCACAAGGUCGACAUGCAUCACGGCUGCACCUUUAACCAUCGCUAUGUCAAGUCAGAUCCUCAACAAGUUGAAAACGCAACAUGGAUGCUCACUGUGUUUAACUGUCAUGGAAACCAGUUCUGCCUGCAUUUUGAGGCGUUCCCUCUGGGAACGACGCCGGUGUACAUGGCCUUUCUGCGCUUCAUGGGCGAAGACGACGAGGCUAAAUUGUUCAGCUAUUGCUUGGAAGUAGGCGGGCAUGGGCGCAAACUGACAUGGCAAGGAGUGCCAAGGAGUAUCCGUGAAAGCCAUAGAAAGGUUCGGGAUAGUCAAGAUGGGCUCAUAAUUCCAAGAAGCAUAGCGCUUUACUUCUCCGGCGGCGAUGGCCAAGAGCUUAAGCUAAAGUUCGGCGGAUAGCAGCAAGCGGUCGUGGAAGUCGCAGAAGCAGCCGGGGUGGCGGCUAAGGAGAACUGUGGCGGUGGAGACAGUGUUGGAGUCUUAGCUUGGUGUCUGUGACGGCAUUUGAUUGAGGCUGAGAGAGGCGGUGUUAGCAGCGUCGUGGGAGGAUGAGGGAGGGCGACGGUGGAGGUGUGGUGAGGGCGACGGAAAUGGCGUUGAAGAGUGGCGAUGGUGUGGUGAGAUCUGAUUUGGGCGACGACUAGGGUUGAGACUCGAGAGGCCUGAGAUCUAAAUCCAUUUCCUCUGCCUUUUAUUUAGAAAAGGUAGUGAAUAGCAAUAUUAAUUAAAUAUUAAAAUAAAUAUCCGCUACCCUUGCUAUGAGCAAAGGGUAGCGGAAAAUUUAUCCCAUUUUAUAUUUUUUGAAAACGGCUACCUUUGUUUUUAAAAGGGUAGUGGAUUCUUAUUCAUUUAUUUACAAUUAUGCCA